AUGCCUGUGCAGGUGACGCUUGCCUCGGGGAAGGAGGUGGAGGUGAAGACCAAGGCAGGGGCCAAGGUGUCGGAGUUGAAAGCGGAGCUGGGCGAGCAGCUGGACCUGAACCCCAGGAGCUUGGAGGUCUGCGCGGAAGGCAAGUCGCUCCUGGACACCGACGCCGUUCCGGAUGGCCAGGUGACCGCCGUGAAGGUGGUCCUGCCCUGGCUGGCUGCCACGGAGGGGGCGGUCAAGGACCUCGGCGGCGGCGAGUGUGAGAUCCUCGGGGAGGCGAAGGGUUCCAAGAUCAACGCGCUCUGCGACCUGUGCUUUGUGGAUGGCGAGCACUACUUCGAGGUCGAGGUGUUGGAGGGCAAGGGCUGCUGGGUGGGCGUCACGACGAAGGCCGGCUUCGGGGAAGGCUACAAGAUGAAAGGUCUCUUCUACGGUGGCCCGGGCAAUCUCAGCGAUGGUGGCGCUCUGAAGACUUCUCAAUUUGGGGAGGGCACCAAGAAGGGUGACGUCAUCGGGAUGAAGCUGGACCUCAGCGAUGAGAGCAGCGUGACGAUGGGCUUCUGGGAGAAUGGCAAGUACCUGGGCAUCGGCUUCCAGGGCUGCGAGCGGCCCAAGGGCGCAGAGGUCUUCCCUGCCAUCUCUGGGGCCAACGGCGAGAAGUUCUCGAUCUCUCUGCGUCGUUCAGUGAGGAAGCCGCCCGUGAGGACGCUCCACCCGGCCCACGGCUCUUGGGAGCUGCAGCGUUUGGUGGUGAAUGGCGAGCCGGCGAGCCUCGAUGCACUGCUGGAGGGCAAAGGCGCGGGCAAGGGCGGCUACGGUGGAGGCGGUGGUUUCGCCUUGGUCAUGGAGAUGGUUCAGUCCCCUUCGGACCCCAACUCCUUCCGGCUCUCUAUGAGGGUGGGCAACUCGCUGAUGACUGGUGUCACUUUGUCCACUGAGAACGGGGUUGAGACAAUCAAGGUGGGUAUGAUUGCCGGCACCAUGAUGAUGUCCCCGCCCGAAUGUCAGGACAUGGAGAGGAAGCUGAGCACCGCCUUGCCGGCGGUAACCAGCUGGAAGGUGUCUGGCAGCGGAAAGGAUGCCACCCUGGAGCUCCGCGGGGAGAACACGGAGCUGGACUUCAAGUACUACGACAAGCCCCCGGCGGAGCCGUGCUCCUCCGCCAAGCUGCAUUGA